AUGGGUGAAGCAUUAUUUGAUCUUGAACAAGUCCUCAAGUCCCAAAAGGAGACAUUGACACCUGAAGAAGCGAACAUACUUCAUACAUGCAAAUCUAAGGCUGUUAGACAAUUUACAUUUGGUGUUCUUACCGGUGGCACUGUUGCUUGGGCAGCAACAUGGAAGCUAAGUCAGUUUGCUCGAGCCAACAUUUCAGGAGGAGCUGCUGGUUUAUUUGGAUUCUGGAGAUUUGCUAAGUCCUUAGACUCCUGUGUUGAUCAUAUUCUUGCUAUGGAUGGAAGUCGGAUGCAGAAGGAGUUAGCAAAUAUAAUGGCAAAUAAAUAUCAAGAUGAUCCUUGGAAAAUGCAACCUUUGAAUAGGCGUUUCUAUGCAGAGAAAGUAUUUGAUGACUCAAACUUAGAUAGGCCAAUAAUAAGGCUUCGAUAUCGAAAUUACUUUGGUGAUAAUGUUGCAUCUGGUCAAAGGACGCAUGACAGUGAUUCUCACGAUGUCUCCAACAGUGACUCUGAUAUGAAAAGGGCUGAUGUGGAAUCCAAGAAAGUUCCUGCAAGACUUGGCAUUUGGGCAAAAUCUCAGAACCAUAACUUUUCGAUACAGAGCCAUCCAGGGCUUCAGGCCUAUAAGCAGAUGCACUCCCAUGGCAAAGGAGGGUGUGGUGCAAGCUUGGGAUGCAUUAGUUGCUUGCCAUGGAUAAGAAAGUUGUCCUCAGGUAGUGUUGUGAUGGAAGGACAGUUGCAAGUUGCAACUGUACCAAUUGAAAUUCUAUCUAUGAACCUUGGUGCCAAAGUAAUGGAAGACCCUCUAGAAAGUAUUUUUGGUUUCAUGGAACCUGUGGAGGAGAUCCAUCACCCUGGUGCCUCAGGGAAACCUGCCAGAGUUCUUAAUCGUAGCCAUAAAAGAUCUCAUCAGAGAAUGUCUGUUGAAGAUUUGGAAGCCAAACCUUUGUUUGUAUUAUGCCAUGCUGUUGAACUGGAAUUGUCAGAUAAGUUCUGUAAGCAUCUUUCGUUUUACUCUGUGAGCAACUCUGGUGAGCAUAAAUGUCUAUAUGAGGUAUGUUGCCAUGAGUACUCUAUUCUGGAGAGUAGAUUGACAUUAAGCAUUGCACGUGCCUUAGCAGCACUGGUGUUGGAACUGAUCAUUUUCGAUCAGUUGCCAAAGUUAUGA